GGAGACACACCUAAAAUUGAUUGGUCCGUUUAUGCGUGACCACUGGCGCUGCGCAAAACAGAACCAGCCUGCAGGCUUUUAUCUCGGUGCAAAUAUGAUAAUUGGAGGAACAUGGAGCUACAUCGGUUGCUAGCAAUAUUGUCCGAGGAAAUCCUAAUUUAUUUCCUUUGUUUUUCACUUUCUCAAUCUUUUCCCACACAUAACUGUGGUUAUGAUGCCUGCGAUCUUGGCAAACGGGGUUUUCUCAACGUUCACCUCAUCCCCCACACUCACGACGAUGUUGGGUGGCUGAAGACAGUCGAUCAGUACUACUAUGGUUCGAUGAAUCAUAUCCAACGAGCUGGAGUCCAAUAUAUUCUGGACUCCGUAGUUGAUGCCCUAGCAGCUGAUCCGGCCCGACGCUUCACUUACGUUGAAGUUGCCUUCUUCGACCGAUGGUGGCGGUCUCAGCCGGAUUCUGUGAAACAAUUGGUAAAGAAUCUGGUUAAUUCUGGUCAGUUACAAUUCGCCCUGGGCGCAUGGUCCAUGUCUGAUGAGGCGACGGUAUUCUACAGCGAUGCAAUCGAUCAAAUGACCAGAGGUCGUGCUACCUUGCGAACGUUGUUCGGCGAAUGCGGUAAUCCACUUGUAUCUUGGCAGAUCGAUCCAUUCGGACAUGCAAGGGACCACGCAGAAUUAUUUCGUGAGUCUGGCCUUGAUGCUGUGUUCUUCCAGCGUAUGGAUUACAGAGAAAAGUCCGCACGCCGAGAAACAAAAAGUCUAGAAGUGUUGUGGGACACUGGGACGCAACCGAAUGGUACCGCUUAUGGUCUGUUCACUAGUAUGCUGUACGACACCUAUUGUUAUCCGCCUACGUUUUGCUUUGACGACAAGUGUGAUGAUGAACCGAUUAUGGACGAUUCAGAAUUGCGUCUCAACAAUGUGGACGAACGUGUGGAACAGUUUCUGCAAUAUAUUAACAAAGUUCGAAAUGCAUUUUCUACCAACCAUAUCUUGGUGCCAAUGGGAUGUGAUUUUACGUACGAAAAUGCUAACGUGAACUUUAAGAACACGGAUAAGUUGAUACGGUAUGUUAAUCGGCGACAAUCGCAAGGAAGUGACGUGAAUUUGCUUUAUUCCACUCCACAAUGCUACACCAAGGCCGUGAAUAUCGCUUUUCAACAGAUGCGGGCAAUUGACCUCCGCAGGGGCGAUUUCUUUCCCUAUGCGAGUGGCCCAAAUUCAUACUGGACUGGAUAUUACAGCAGCCGCCCGGCAUUAAAGGCUUACGUGAGGCAAACUUCUACCUUGCUUACGAUGUGUGAACAGAUACAUCUGUUCGCCAACCGGAUCCUCAGUUCUAGCAACCGGGAGUGGAUGGAUGCCCAGGAAGAAUACGUCGAUAGCCUACGCAGAGCAAUGGGCGUGUUACAGCACCAUGACGCCGUGACUGGGACCGAAAAACAACUUGUGGCCGAUGACUAUGCUUUAACUUUAUCACGCGCAUCCACUGCCUGCCAAGCUGUGAUUUCCCAUGGGAUGCUUCGUUUAAUGCCAAACUUACUACAUCUAACCGGUGGCGCACUACCGGCAUUUUGCGAUCUGCUCAAUAUCAGCCUCUGCACUGCUACGGAAGGUUAUUUACCAUAUUUAAACUCUACUGGAAAAGGCGGUGUUUAUAUAUUCGUUUACAAUCCGAAUGGAUGGAGUUUAUGGAACGAAUGGGUUCGAAUUCCAAUUUACAUCGAUCCACUAGAAAGCAACCAGCUUUCUGUCGUCCUCUAUGAUGUGCGAGCUGCGGGAAAAAACCUCCUAUCGUAUCAGAUAGUGCCGAUAAAUAAGCGAACAAUGCAAAUUCCAGAGCGACAGGCUUCGGCUCGUUCUGCGAAUACUGAACUUGUUUUCAAUCUUGGAUCUUCUGGGUUGCCGACAUUACCUAUGGGCUUUACAACUCUCCAUUUAUCAAUAAGCAAGCAAAAAGCAGUAGCUAAGUCGGCGUGGUCACAUCAUUCAAAUCCAUCUAGAUGCGUUCAAGCUCCUCUUGUGUCCCAAACUACAGCACUGCAUUUGGAAGUCGGCAGUAGCCCGGAUCCACUGGUCAUUGUGGCCGAACAUCUAGCCACUGGAACACAGCUUCGAUUAACUGUUGAAAUGCUGUAUUACUUCGGUGAAACCAACGGAAUGCAAUCCUCUGGAGCUUAUGUGUUUUUGCCGAAAAACAAAGAUAUGAUUCAGAAAUUUGAGACACCUAGUUUUGAACAUCUGAAAGGAGCUUGCGUGGAAGAAGUUUACUUGAAUUACAGUCACUGGGCUUCGUUGGUCGUCCGCUUGUACAAUAACGGAGAAUUGGAAGUACAGUGGACAGCUGGACCAAUUCCUGACGGUUGGCGCCAGUUCAGCCGGGAGCUGAUUAUAAGGUACACCGUGCAAGGAGACGCAAUACUGCCGCAAACGACAGGCGAGUUCUACACGGAUUCCGCUGGCCGGCGCCUUAUCAAACGGGUAAGGCAUAUGCGCCCUGAUUGGAACAUCUCCCAAGUGUUUCGAGAGACACAACCGGUGGCUGGCAACUAUUAUCCAAUUGUCAAUCGGAUCAUGCUUAAAGGUAGUUCAUCGGAAACAUCUUUUCACCGUGAAACAAGAGGAUCGUGGCCAGCAAUGGGAUUCGCCGUUUACACGGAUCGCGCACAGGGUGGGAGCAGCCUGCAGGAUGGGCAAGUUGAGUUGAUGGUCCAUCGCCGCUUGGUUCGGGAUGAUGGCUAUGGAGUUGGUGAGCCGCUCACGGAGAAUGGUGUAGAUCACAAUGGUCUUAUCGUCCGCGGUCGUCAUAUCUUGAGACUUGAUGAACUGGCAAUUAUCGAAGAGGAAGAUUCUCUGACAUCCAGGCUUGUGACAAGAAAGCCAAUAUUUUUAUUUGCUCCUUUCGUUGAAGAGCCAGAACAAGUGGAGGAUAUAGAAUGGAAUGCACUAAACUCAGUUAUCCCGCCACAAUUAUAUAUACUUAGUUUGGUCCCUUGGCCAUUGUUGAAAACCGCCGCAACGACAAUUGACCAAAUAUUGUUGCGUAUUGAGCAUCUGGCGCAGGGCGAUAUAAACGGUACCUUCUGCAAACCCUAUGAAUUGGACGUGACCAACAUGUUUCGAGGAAUCAUAGUGACCAAUGCACAGACAGUGACGCUGACGGCUGAUCAGUUGAAAUCUGUAGCCGAUGCUAAGCGGUUAAAUUGGCCGAACAACCAUAUGGGUGCAGCAGAAGAUUCACUACCUGAAUCUUCACAUGUACGAAACAGAAACGGAGUCAUUUUAUCAAUCCCAGUUGGGUCGAUUGCAUCCUUUGUGUUAGACUACCGGAAGACAAGUUAAGCGGAAUCGUCUUGUGUCUCGACGUGCAAUAUAUACCUGAUUUGAGAAAUAGUUCCUAUUCUUUUUGGCAAGCUGCCUAAAACCAUUUCGAAGUAAGCUUCAUCACGUAAUAUCUACCCACUGUGCACCGGACACACACGUACAGCAGCUGUCUUCUAUCUGUGUUCUUUAUUUAUAAUGAACAUGACCAAAAGUUUGAUUUGAAAUAAAUGAGAAUAUUCGUAGCUCGAUGUGUGGAUGUGGAUUUUGAGCUGUUUUUCGAACUGCACAAUAAUCAUUCAGCUCGGAGAACAGCACAAAAUCCAUAAAAGUUUAUGUUCUCUGUCAUUGUCAGAUGAGUAGUUUCAGUUGUGUCUCGCCUGCAAAACAAUAUAUGAUACGUUUGGCUGUGAAAAAAGUUUCCCAUAGCACUGAAAGCAAUACGUGCGCUGAUCUUUUGGAUAUAGCAGCUUUACCCGAUAGAGAAGUCGAUCACGAGGUCCACCCCAGUGAAUCGACAUAAGCUGCAGGUCCAUAGUUCUGUGUUGCAGAAACGCAAUCUUGUGAGGUAGGUAACGCCACGCAUCACUAUGAUUCUGGGCCGUGGACUCCCUAUUAGUUGAAGGUUGCAUGGUGAACCUACUGAAAUACUGCUAACCACAGGACUAGGCUUCAAUAAACUGAGAAUUUGGCGGACUGUCCUAAAAACUUUGAUUAGUGUACAGUGAAUGAACACGGGUGUUACUUAAUGUUUUGG